AUGCUCUGGGCCGAGGUCGCGGUGCCUCAUUGCGGUUACCCCGCAACCCCGGCUGAACAUCAGCAAUAUAGGGCCCCGUCUGUGGCGGUCUAUUGGCUCUUUGAGGCACGUUUAGGCCAAGGCUGCGCAUCAUUCCCAAUCACAAGGCGCAUUGGACAUCCAUACCAGAAUCGGACGCCACCUAAACGCAAGAAGCCUAGAACAUCUUUUACUCGAUUACAAAUAGCGGAAUUGGAGAAAAGGUUCCACAAACAGAAGUAUCUGGCAUCGGCUGAGAGAGCCUCUUUAGCGAAGACUUUGAAGAUGACUGAUGCCCAAGUAAAGACCUGGUUCCAGAAUCGCAGGACUAAAUGGAGGAGUAAAGCUAAGGUUAUUUCCUCAAACUAUUUACACAUUCUAAAGGUCGAUGGUCAUUUCCCUGAAAUCGUGUUCGACUAUCGACAAAUCGAAUUGGAAUCGUUGCACGAUCUAACACGUAAUGUUACCCACGAUCCAACAUGGCUGCCCUAG